AUGGCUGAAGCAAUGAUAACUGUAAUGUUAACACAAUUGGCUGAAAUCACGGAAGAACAGAUCCGAAAGCAGGUGAGAUUAGUUGUGGGGGUCAAAAAAGAUAUCGAAAAACUCACCAGCGGAUUGGAAUCCAUCCGAUCUGUGCUUGUUGAUGCUGAAAAGAGACAAGUGAAGGAUGAAUCAGUCAAAUUGUGGUUAGAAAAGCUCAAAGACUUAGCCUAUGACAUGGACGAUGUGUUGUCUGAAUGGUUAACUGCAAUCCGAAAGGCGAAAACUGAAGGUGUUGAAGAUUCAUCCCUUUCCAAGAAAAAGGUAUGGUCUUUUAUCUCUUUACCUAGCCUUCGAUUUAGGCGAUUUGCCCUACGUCGUGACAUAGCUCUCAAGAUUAAGGGCAUUAAGGAAAGACUCGACGUUAUUGCCACCGAGAAGAAUAGGUACAAUUUUAAUACGUUAACGGAGAGUGGUGAUCCUGAGAGAUUAAAAACUAACUCUUAUAUUGAUGUAUCUGAAGUACGAGGUCGAGAUGUGGAUAAGAAUACUCUUGUAAGCAAGUUGUUGUCUGAGAGUAGCCAAAGUGAUGGAUUCCAUGUUGUUUCUGUAGUCGGCAUGGGGGGAAUUGGUAAAACAACUCUAGCACAAAUGGUUUACAAUUGUGAUUCUGUAGAGCAAGAUUUUGAGAGAAAAAUGUGGGUAUGUGUUUCUGAGCCUUUUGAUGAAGUUCGAGUUGCAAAAGCGAUUGUUGAAGACCUUGAAGGUAAUGCUCCGUUUUUAUAUGAACUUGAAACUGUAUUGCGCCGUCUUAGGAACGCUAUUUCAGGAAAGAAGUUCCUGCUUGUGCUAGAUGAUGUGUGGACAGAUGACUACAGGAAAUGGGAACAAUUGUUCAACUCUCUCAAAAUUGGUGCAUCUGGAAGUAAAAUUCUAGUGACGACGAGAAACGAGAGAACCGCAAAAAUGUUGAGAAGUAGCUAUGAGCUUCAUUUGGGGCAGUUGGCAGACGAGGACAGUUGGUCGCUAUUCAGUCAAAUAGCGUUUUUUGAAAGAAGUAUAGAGGAUUGUGAAGAAUUGGAAGGAAUUGGAAGGAAAAUAGCUGACAAGUGCCGGGGCAUACCUCUUACUGUAAAGACUAUUGGCAGUCUUAUGCGGUUCAAGAAUUCUUUACAAGAUUGGCAGAAUGUUCUGAAUAGUGAAUUCUGGGAAUUUGAAGGAGCAGAAAAAGGUCUCUUUCCUCCUUUGAUGUUGAGCUACUUCGAUUUGCCCUCGACAAUGAAAAGGUGCUUUUCGUUUUGUGCUUUCUUUCCAAAACAUCACGUCAUCAACGCAAGCAAUUUGAUCAAACUCUGGAUGGCGCAAGGCUAUCUCUGCCCUGAGAAAAAUGUAGAAAUGGAAGUAUUAGGUGAGGAAUACUUGCAAAAUUUGGCUAUGAGGUCUUUCUUCCAAGAGAUAGAAAAGGACAAGGACGGUAAAAGGAUUUUAAGAUUUAAGAUGCACGACAUGGUUCAUGAUUUUGCGCAGUAUCUUACCAAGAGAGAAUGUUCUGUGGUGGAGGUUGAUGGGGAGCUAGCAGUAAAUUUGGGAUCGUCUUAUAAAACGACUCGUCAUUUGACCCUGGUACGUGCAAAAGGCGUCCGUUUUCCUACAUCCAUUGCUAAUGCGGGAAAACUACACUCGUUUUGGGUUCAAUCUUUCUUUGAUACGCCUCCAAUUAUCAGUGAAUUGGACAAGAUUGAGCCAGAUUUAUGCAAUCGCUCGGCAUGUCUCAAGGUGUUAGAUUUAAGUCGUAACAGGUUGGGAUUGGGUUACGUGACAAAUGCUGACGAGGCCCGGAUAGCAGAGUUGAGUGAAAAGAAACAUAUUUCGGACUUGCACCUUGACUUCAAUUCUAAGGCUCAAACAGGCAACCAAGACGAAGUGAUUGAAGCUCUUCAGUUGCACCCUGGGUUGCAAUCUUUAAAAAUAAGUUCAUAUGGAGGCACACGAUUCGCCAAUUGGAUGGUAACUUUAACCAGCCUGAAAGAUCUUUCACUUCAAGAGUGCCAAAAUUGCACAAUUUUGCCUCCUCUUGGAAGGCUUCCGUCCCUGGCAACUCUACAUAUAGGUGGUCUGCAUAAUCUGAAAUCUCUUGGGCUCGAAUUUUUGGGUGCAACAGACAAUGUGAAUGAUCAAAUCACAACAGAUAGCAAAGACAGAUCAUUGGCAUUAUCAUCAGCUGAAAAUAUUGCAUUCCCAAAGUUGAAUAAACUGAAAUUUUCAAACAUGGGAAGUUGGGAAGAAUGGAACAUGAUCAGAGCUGCAAAUGAACACAUCAAGAUCAUGCCUAGACUCCGCUUUUUGAAACUUUACAACUGCAGCAAUCUGAAGGCACUGCCGCAUCUUCUCUUCAAGGCAGCACCAUUAAGGAAGUUGCAUAUCCAGAAUUGUCCGCUCAUACAGCAGAAAUACAAGAAGGAAACUGGAGACCAAUAUUGGAUUAGUAUUUCCCAUAUCCCAAAGCUCAAAAUAUCGUAG